AUGCCUGCUUCCAAUACCUCCAAUACUUCUUCCCCCGUCAAGCGCCCUGGUCUUGGUCGCCGUGCAGUGUCCUCCCAUGCGGUUGUCACGCGCACCACCAAUCCUAAUGACCUGUCGUCAUCCCACACACAGAAGGCACCCGUGCAUCAUAAAUCUCACCGAGCCCACGUUGUUGGCGGUCACCGCAAUCACCACCGCAACCCCUCUACUGGCAAGAACUUCAACAAACUUCAACGAUUCCAACUUGGCCCCGAUACUGCUGGACGGCAUCAUCAACGCAAGAAAUCAGCCCCUGCAACCCCAAUAGCGAGCCCGAAAGAAAGCACCCAUAUCCACUGGGACAACGCUGUGGACGAUCAUAAAUCCGACCCUUCGAUGAAGAGAAACUAUUCCACUCCUGCAUUGCGCCGAAACCCAUCAGCCGUCGGCAAGAAAGCGUUAGUCACCGAGCGACCGACGACCAGUGCAACAAAGAAGAAGACGGUCGGCUUUGAGUUGGGUGAUGACGAAAACGACGACGCUGAAUGGGAAGAUACAACACAGUCGCCCGAAAGUACUAGGCGCAACUCGGUCGUACCAUCCAACCCUAGCGCAGACAACAGCACUGUUCUUGUCGACCACCUUACCUUUGUCAAACGCCCCUAUCCACAAAUGCCUCGAGCGACUAGUCUUCCCGAGUCGAUUACCAACAAUUUCGCCCAAGAGCGCACUGAAUUAGACCAGGAUGAAGAAGAUGAAGAGCACGUCUCGGAAGUCGAGCCCGAGGAAACUGUCCAGCCCACUGAACAGGGCCACAUCGCAACUCGCCUUUUAACUCCUUCACACUCGUCCAAGGCACCCCCUGCCAUGUCCUCUAUCUCGGCUAUGGUGAAGCCAGAGGCCAAGAAUCUCAACCCCGCAUCGCGCAGUAGCGCAUCUCUCAACUUGGCUGCUGGACAAGACAACGCUCGGCGCACAUUCUCCACAGCUAGCAUGGCAAGUAUACCGGGUUCCAACCCCCAAGCUACCUCAUCGUCCAUGGAAGGCGGGGUCUCAAGGUUCAUUUUGAACAAGAAUAGCAUGCAGGCAUCUUCUCGCACCGAUUCAGACCCAAAUACCCCCUCUUCGUUCCUCCCCCACUAUCACCCGCAAACGCCGCCUUCCCCGACUAGCGCGGCCGUCAAAUCGACUGCAUCUCCCGCGCGGCCGCGAGGCGCUGAUCUGCCUUCUCGCACGCAACAAAAGCUCUGGCUCCAACGCACCGCGGCCCUCAAUAACUCUCCUCCUGAUAAUCACGGAGUGACCACGGCAGUUCCGCCGUCGGCCAUGGACCCAACGUUCAUUGCUGCUAGCCACGCACGUUCCGGUGCUGGCACUUAUGACGCCAAUAGGGGGAUGAACGGUGAUGGUCGAGUUGGAGGUGCUGGACAUGACAGCGAAACCCGUCAUAUCCGCAAGGCGUACGAAAAGACGUCUCUGGAACUGAUGGUCGUUCGACGUUUCCAGUCUCCUACUGGUCUAAGCUUUGCUCGUCUCCGUCGUAUUGCUCGAGCCAACAAAGCGGAGCAAGAAUCAGCUCUCGGUAAACCAGUCAAAUCGGCGCCCUCCUUACCCCUUUUGCAGCAAGCCAAACGACCCAAUCGUCUCAGCUCAAGCCCUGCAUCUAAGACCCAAUCGCAUAACCCCACCACAUCGGAAGAUCCAGCGACGAAUAGUGAACCCACCAACGCCGCCAAGGCUGCCAAGUCCAACGACCCUUCCCAUCGCAUCCUCUCUACUUCGGCUGAAGCCUCGCGUGAUACGACUGUUGAGAACGACGAAGCUUUCCAGAUCAACGACAGCGCCAUGCUGAUUCGCCGGAUCUGGGAGAGCCGAGAGGUCCCCAUUCACGGUUAA